AUGUCAUCCCAGGUUGGGUCAUGUGGUUUGGCAGAGUGGAGCGGCGAUACGGCAGCACAUGACUCCGAGACUCCGGGGAAGGACGAGACCUUUUUCCAAGGACUUCAUCUUCCAGACUACGGGUUAACUCACAACGCAGGAUAUGACCCGGAGCACUACACCCAAGCUUUCUACUCCCCGGUGCCAGAGGCCGUCAAACCUUCCCCAUGA